UAAAAAUGUUCGGCCUAAUAUCAGGUAUGAUAGGUAAAAAGAAAGAGGAACCUAAACAACCUACUGAAGCUAUCCAUGAAGAAGAAAAAGAGACUGAUAAGAGCUAUAAGGGGAUUAAUGUUAGCCUCCUUGGGUUCCAUAUGGACGGCAUUAUCGAAAAUUCUGAUGAUAAUAAACCUGUAGAUGCUAUUUAUAGGACAAAGAAUGGAAGAAGUGCUGUUAUUUUGGAAGAUCAAGACAUGAAUGUGAAGCUAUAAAUAAACCCAUUAAUAACUCUAAAAGAGACAAUCAUUUUGAAAAUGCUCUUAAUCUCAAGCCAGAAUCAAAUACUUCAGUCAGGAGUAAUUGAGAUGAUAAUGGUUCAAAAAGGAAUGGAGAGUGUAGUAGUCCUAAUUCUAAAGGAGAUCAUCUCCUGCCUCCUACACCUCCAACAAAUAAACCUCCUAUAGUACCUCGGCACAAAAGGCAAUCCAGCGGAUCAUUGGCUCUUUAUAGUACUAAUAAUUUUGGAAGUCUUCAAGUAAGAUCAUUUAGCAAGUUGAACACUCUAAAAGGAACUGAAGAGUCUCAGAAAGAGCUAAUAUCUCCAAAGAAUUCACCUAAAAAUAGCCAGCCUUCAACCACCCAAAAAGGGUUCAACCUUCUAGCUAGGUCAGACUCGAAGGCAGGCUGGGGGUCACUUUUUAAAUUACAGAUGGAAUACGCAGACUAUGUCAUAAAUACACUUGAUGAGUUCCUAACAGUUGCUGGGUUUGAAAUAUAUUCAGAUGAAGGUGAAGAAGUUCAUUUAAAGGUUAAAUCUACAAAUAAAGUGAUUAAAGUAAGGAGAGACCUCUUCACAAAAUAUUCUACUCCUGAUAGCUCCAGGAUUGAAGAUGAGCCUGUUGACUCUAGCAUUAUGGUUAAGGCGGAGAAUGUCAUUGAAAAAUUAGCAAGUCUUAAACAAUCUACUGCAAUAAAUCCCAGACUUUCUAAAAGAGAUUCCCACCAAGCAAAUUUAGCUCUAAACCUAGCCUCUCAAAUUGAAAAAGCAUCAGAAGUGCAGGGUGCUAACACUUGUUCACCCAUAAAGAAACAGCCACCCAUAGAAAUCGGUUCAAUCGAGGAAGAAAAUGACGAGGAUAACUUUGCAGAUGUCUUCAACGGGCUAGAAAAAAUGAGCAACAACAGUACACUUUUUGAUGAUUUUGACGACGAUGAUAUCCCUCCUCCCCUACCAGGGACAAAGAAUUUGGUCAAGAAUUCUACUAAUAAAUCUUUAUCAAAGCCUCUAGAGGAAAGAGGCCAGGUGAACUCUCCUCAGAAAUUAGGUAAAAACAUAUCUGAGAUAAUCAGUGAAUCUAAAGAUACGAGAGGCUCUUCUGGUUCGAUCAAUGACUUAUUCUCAGCAAAGAAGCUCUCUGAUAUUCCUAAGAACAUCAAGAAAGGCCCAGAUUUUGAAUUUAGAGAGAAAAGAAUGACUGUGAAUGUAGCCAAUCCUGGCAAAAUUUUCGAUCCGUAUAUUAUCAUUGCACAGUUAAAGGAAGAACUUCGGCUUAAAAAUGAUGAACUUCAGAGAAUCAGCUUGAAGAUGAAUAAUUUUAAGAGAGGGUCAGAUUAUUCAGACCUGAACUUCACUACAAAUGAGAUAAACAGUACUUCUUCAUAUCAUUUAGCUUUCCUGUUUGCUUCUCCUUUGGUCAGAAAGCUGAACUCAAACCUUGAAAUGAUAAUGCAGCUAGAUUAUCAGAAUGAAAUUAUUGGAAUUGAGAAGCAUCUAAGCGACGUCAAACAUGAGAUAAAUUACAAAGUUGAUGUGGCAACCCAGAGUAACUUCAGAAGCGUCAUCGUGGACGCUCCUUUCGCUCUUCAUUUCACAGGCCAUGGUAUUCCAAAUGACAAGAAAGCUCUAGGUCCAGCUCAUAUGCAAUUUAAAGACAAAGGCAAUAUCUUACUUCUUGAAGACGAAUGCGGGAUGGCUGAUUACUUGUUUGAGAAGGAUCUUAAAUAAGCUAGUUGAUAUGACAAAGGCACGGAAGGAGUUCUCCUUCCAUUAUGAGGUAGUCUUUCUAUCAUCAUGCUACUCAGAAUUAACCUCAGCAAUCUUCCUAAACUCAGGAGCACGCCAUGUGAUAUGAAUCCAGAAGGACAAGACUAUCUCUGAUAAAGCUUCUUUGAGGUUCUCUAAAGUAUUUUAUGAGACUUUGUUCGCCAAAAAAUAUUCUGUUUGAAAGGCUUUUAAAAUUGCCAAGGAUGAUAUUCGUACCCUGAUCAAUGCUACUGAGGCAAAUAAAUUCCUGAUCUUGAUCAAUGAGAAUGCUAAUAAGAACAAGAAGCAUAAAUGCUUUCCUAUAUCCAAGCUAAAGGAUGGAAACCUAACAAAGAUUGGAAAAAUGCCUUUAUUUGAUUCAGUUCCAUCAAUUGUAGAAAAUUUUAGAGGAAGACAGCAAGAAAUGUGAGAAGUAAUCUCAAUUCUCAGGAAAAACAGACUUGUCAAUGUGCUUGGCCCUCCAGGAAUCGGGAAAACCAGUCUUUCAAGAAACUUAUGAAACCACCUCAAGGAUAGGAACAGGUUUCAAGAUGGAAUAAUCUAUCUUGGCCUACGUGGUUGAGAGUCAGCACAAAUGUUUGUGACAAGGCUAAGCCUCUCAAUCCAGGCUUCAGCCACCCAGAAAGAGGAUAAUGUACUUAGUCUAGAGAAAUAUACCACUUUUAAUACCUCAGAGGAUAGCCAAGCUAGGAACAAGGAAAAUGAAGAAAUGAUAAAGGCUAUCAUCAUAAAGAUCUUACGAAAUAGAGAAGUCUUGAUAGUCUUGGAUAACUGUGAAGAUCCCCUAGAAGAUGAUUGUGAUAGGUUUGUUAGCCAAAUAGAUCAUCUACUCUAUGAAUGUCCCAGAGUAAAGAUUCUUUUGACCUCCAGGAAAUAUAUUAAUAAAUUAGAGCAUAAUCAUGAGACGCCAUAUCACUUGUAUUCUUUGACUCCUCAGGCUUCUCUAAAGCUGCUGUUGGAAAAGGCACCAAGGGAGAUUAAAAACAAAGAGAUUGAGGAGCUACUCAACUAUAAAAUUCCAGCAAAUCAUGCAAUUCACCAGCAUUUACCGACAAUGGACAAUUCAGACGUAUCUUUAAGUAACCAUCCGUUCACUUUACUCUUGGGUGGGCAUCCACAAGCUAUCUCUUUAGCAGCUCCAAUGCUUGAAACCCAGUCUCUUACAGAACUUUUUGAGGAACUUCUGAAGUCAAACAUCCUCGAUUCUCUUGGAUAUGGAGGAAAACAGUCAUAUGCUUCUCUAAGGCUUUCUCUUGAGGUGUCAAUUAAUAAAAUGAAGAAGACAAACCAGCAAGCGCUAGAUCUCUUCAUGUUUAUCGGACUUCUUCCUGGUGGAAUAAGCCAGCCUGAAUUAAACUCCCUGUAUGGUGGGUUAGGAUUUAAGAGCCAGAAGGAGACACUCAUUCGUGCUUCCUUGCUGGUCUACAAAAGAAAAGAGAACGCUCUGACCCUUCUUCCAUUUAUGAACGCUCGAGCUUUUGAACUUCUUGAGGAGGACGAAGUCAAGAAGAAGCAGUUACAUUUGAGAUGCUGCAAGUUCUACAAAGAUUUCUGUAUCAGAUAUAUUAAAUAAGAUGAAUGACAAUGACUUCUCCCUCAAUGAACUAGUCGAACGUGAAGCUAAUAUCUGGGCUUGCAUUUAUAGAGCAGUUAAUAGGAAGAAAGAUAACAAUGAGUUUGAUGAGGAAGAAGACUCAGAUGUUUUACCCAUUACUAGCAUGAAUGAUGAUUAUUUGCUAAACCUUUCUCACGAGCAGUUGAUUCCAACCACCAAUUUAAUGGGUGAUAAGAAGUACCCGAACCUACAAGUCAUCCAUGAAGCAGAUGAUGUCUCAGGACUAGAGGAAGAGAGCUUCGUUCAGACAGACGAAGAAUCUUUUGUUGACCAGUCCUAUGGAGAUUCUAGUAAUCCUGAGGAACCCAGAGCUGCAUUAGAGAAAUGAUUUACUAGUUCAGGUACAAAGGUUAGUGGAGAGACAAGCUUGAUGAGAAAAAAAUCUAGAGCACUUCAGAAGAAAAUCUCUUCUUAUGCGAAAAAGGAGUAUCUUGGAUCGAUGACCAGACUUAAUUCAGAAAAGCAUCAGUUUCAUGCCCUUGGAACUCUGAAGCAAAGUUCUGGGGAAUUCAAAGCGAGGACGCAGUCAUAUCAGGAUGAGGAAAUGCUGGCUGUCUACUAUAUUUCAAUAGUUAUCCGUCUUUGCAAGUUCUCUGAUGGCUUUAAAGCCAUUCAUGAGUAUAAAAAGAAAGAGAAUAUUAGCAAGAGAGCUCUUGCUCAUAUAUUAAAGCUUCGAGGAGUCCUGACUCUUCUAAAAGAAAAGAAGGAGUACAAGGAAGCUAUCAACUUUUUCAAUGAAUCUCUGCAACUAUUUCACAAGAUUGGCUCGUCCAAAGGACGAGCCAUUUGUAGACUAGCCCUAGUUAGAUGAAACUUUGAACUUGAACUUUCUAAGGAGCCUAAAGACAGGAAAUUAAGUACUGUUCUUUCUUCAGCUGAAAAAGCAAGCAAUCUUUUCGAGAAAAUCUGACACAAAGAAGGCCAGCAAAGAGCCCAGCAUUAUAUUAAUGAGAUUAAGAAAGCAAUUGAUGGAGAGGUUGACACCAAAUUUGCAAAGUUUGUGAAGUUCAAAACUUUUAAGAAGAAUCAUAUCGAUAGUGCCAAGGCUGAUGAUGCAUUUUUAGAGAAACAGAUGCUGAAUAACGAGGAUAUCAGGUUAUUUAUUGAUGUUAUUAACCAAGAUGAUGAUGAUAAGGAUAAAUAUCGUCGAAUCACUUCUAUAAACAUUUCCCGGAGUCGUAGCCGGCUAAAAUCUGAUUCUAAGAAACCUAUAAAGUACUCUCAUACACCUUCGAAUCUGACUUUGAGUGUGAACACAUUAACAUUUAAGAACAAGAAGGUUCAGAUAAAGAAGAGGAUGAAACACUCUUAUUCAAAAUCAAUCACUGAUAAUUCUAACAACUUACUACCAUAUAAGCUUAACAAAGAAAGAAUGAAGAGUAGGAUAAGAAAGAACUUGUUACGACCACUAUCAAAUAUCGAGUAAUAUCACAAAAUACCCAAAGAACUAUUUAAUACUAAACUCCAUCUGAUUUCUA